CGCCGCACACCUGCCGCGUUCGCGUUGUUCGCGCCUACUCUAUACUCUCUCAACGCCGAACCCAAAUGAAGCCUUACCUUGCCUGCCUGCCGGCCUUGGCGUCGUGCGCGACGGGAUUCGUGGUGCGGACGCCGCCCUUUGUCGUGAGCCCGCCCGCUGUGACUGCCCCGGUUUCUGCCCGGAGAGGCUCCAAAGCCGGUUGUUUGGCCAACGGCGCACGUGUGACAUGUUCCCACCGUAGGGAAACAAGGCUCCAGGGAAAGAAGGCUGCGAAGGAAGAUGGAGAUAGAUCAGACGACGACGAGGAUGGAGACAGGGAAGACAGUCGCACCGCCUCAAACCCCCUGUGGGGCCGGGAGAUGACCAUGGUGAUUGGCCAGGACAAGAUCAGCUACAUGGCGCUUGGCGGAGACAGAAGCCCCGCGGUGCUAUACCUUCCCGCCUUCGACGCUCCCGCACACGAUUACAAGGCGGACAGCCUCCGAUCGUACUGCGAAGACGAGGAAUAUCCCUUCAUCUCCAUGGAGUGGUUCGGGGUCGGCGACAGCGAGGGGAGGUUCGAACACGGCACAAUCUCCAGGUGGAAGCAGGACGCAAUCACCCUCAUCGAUAAGCUUCUCCCCGAAGCGUACCAGGAGGUUAUCAUCGUUGGGGGGGGCGUUGGGGGCUGGAUCGCUACCCUCAUCGCCCUGGAGAGGCCGGAAAAGGUCGGGGGUAUCGUCGGUCUCGCGGCCGACCCGGACUUCACGGAGAACUUGCUGAUGCGCUACCUGCCCAAGGCCAAGAUCGAUGAGAUCUACGAAAAGGGGGUAGCCACCAUUGCCUGGGGAGAGAGGUCGUACCCGGUGAGCAAGGUGCUCAUCGAAGACGCCAAGGACAACCUGGUCCUCGAGGGGCCGGUGGGAGGCCUGCCCAUCACCUGCCCAGUGCGGUUGAUACACGGGCUGAACGACGAAGAAGUGCCCUACACUGUCUCCCUCGACCUCUCCCGCCGGAUACAGAGCUCGAACGUCAACCUGUACCUCGUGAAGACCGCCAGCCACCACUUGGACAAGGGCUCGAUCCUCAAGAUGGUCAUCAACUCCCUGGAAGAGUGCAUCAUGAACUACGUGCCGCAGGUGCUCCCGCCAAAGGUCGACAGCAUCUGAUGGGUUGACACGAUGAAGAACCGGUUGGGUGACACUUCGCUUUCCAUUUCGCGCAGAGAUGGGCGGCAUCUGCACGAGUCUUCGGGGGUUUCAUGGUGCGCGAGAUCUCAGGGGGUCUUAUGUGUGCUCCGAUUUUCCCGAAGGGUGGAGAUACUCUUGGGAGAUGCAGUAUUUCCACGCAAGUUUGCACGUCCGGGUGUGCUUGAAGAGCGAGCGCGACGCUGUUGUCGUCUGUAGUUUGCUUUUAUGUUGUGGGCCCCAGGAAUUGCCUCGAGCCCGCGCUCGAACGCGCGAGACUCGCAGCAUUCUGCAGGGAAUCAAGAGUCGCUUCGUUCUUCAUGUGGAAGGUAGCGUUCUCUGGAAAUUUGGAGUCAGCUGCCGCUACCGGCAGGGCUAUCGCGCGCAACAUACGGGCAUUCAGGGACGGGGAAGCACGCGGGAGAAAGCGCGAUGAGUUGGAAGCAACGCAAGCUCUGAAUAUUUUGAAGCGUCGCGUAUUAUCGAGAGAUAGGGGAAGGAGUUACCAAUGCGAGGUGGAAAUCAAUCCGUUUGAAAGACAACAUGAGUUGGAAAAAAAGCAGCUCUUUGUUGACGUCGCGUAUCGUCGGGACAGGGUAAGGAGUUCUCAGAAUGCGGGGUGAAAUUUGAUCCGAUUUGAAUGAUCACAGCCGUUCGUUGCCUAAACAGGGUCGACGUACGCGUCCUCCCCUAUGUGCGUGUAAUUGUUCCCGUUGUUUUACAAUCUGUAGCGCACGAUAUAGCGCGCAAGGGUUUGUGUUUGUUCAGGCCUGAGAAGGCUCAACUCACGCUGCUGCUGCGUGUGGUAGGUGUUUAAUGAUCACUGGCAACGCGCUAGAGGAACCGUAUUUCGGGUGGCCGGGACGUAAGGCCCACCUCUGAGUAGGUUGUUGUUGUUGUUGUUUUUCGUCACAUCAAACUCGUGUCAGUUGCUAAUCCCAAAAUCUAGCAAAGACUCGGUCCGUGGUCACAAAAAUGCUAGAGCCAUCAGAAGAUCUAAAGAACACACACACUAUUAGCAAGAAAAGGGUACGCAAGCCCGAGGAGGUGCACCUGCAAUCCCUGCAGCACGUUUGCGUGCUCACAACUGAACUAUACGCCCAC